CAGAAAUCUGGAUAAUAUAAUCCCGUCAAAGCUGCAGGCAAAUGGAAAGUCAGUUUCAUGAAGGCUGCAUAGAAAUUCUAGGAGAGAGAAAUUCAACCAUUCUUUGUUGGAAAUUCAGUCAAUCAAUCAAAACCCUCCUUCCUUUUUCUUCUUCUCACGCGGAUUCACCAUUAAACCCAUCUCAGCAACAGUCUCGUAGUAUCAAUUUAAUUCACAAUCACUCACCACAAUCCAAGCUUCAUAUAUUACCAUAAUCUGAGCAGAAAUUUUGUGUUUCUUUGAAUUUUUCUUCUUGUUUUUUUUUUUAUUUUUACUUUCUGUUUUCCAACAGAAUUUUUUUCAUAGCCCUUGUAAAUCAGUUCAAAAACUAGAAAAAUUGAGACCCUUUGAAAAUUCUUGUUUUCUUUCAUAAUCUUUGUGAGACCCUUUGAAAUUCAUUUCAGAAACGGCGGUCUGAGAAAAUUUUGAGUUUGUUUAAUGGUGUCUGCGGGUAUAUUUUCUUCUUUAAGGAGGAGAAGAUCGCCGUCGAUAGAGGCGUUUUUGGUGCCGGUAGAUCUGAGUGAUGGGCCGUUGUUGGAGACGCUAGCGGCGGAGCUGAUAUCGGAAUUCUCUGGCAAAACGAUGAGGUUUCAGCGGAAGAAUUCGCGGUCAUUGAUUCGGAAAAUUCAGGUAUUUGUGGGUUUGUUAGAGUUUGUUCGUGAUUCUAGUUUGAAGUUGCCUUCAACGGAGAAUUUGUGCUUUAAAGAGCUGUAUUUGUUGUUGUAUCGGUCGAAGAUUUUGCUUGAUUAUUGCUUUCAAUCGAGUAAAUUAUGGCUUUUGCUUCAAAACCAUUCGAUUUCGGGUCAUUUUCAUGAUUUGAAUCAAGAAAUUUCGACCCUUCUGGAUGUUUUUCCAUUGGAAGAAUUGAAUCUUAAUGAUGAUGUAAGAGAACAGAUUGAAUUGUUAAAAAGGCAAUCCAAAAGGGCAAAAUUGUUUAUUGAUAAACAUGAUGAAUCAUUGAGGAUCAAACUGUAUUCGUUUCUGAGUGAAUUUGAGAAUGGAAAAAUUCCUGAUCCGGUUGAACUGUGCUCUUUUUUCGUGGAAAUGUUGGGAAUUUGUGAUGCUCGGAGUUGCAGGGUUGAAAUUGAGUUUCUUGAAGAACAAAUUGUGAAUCAUGAAGGGGAUGUUGAGCCUACUGCCUCUGUGCUCAAGGGGUUUGUGGCUUUGACUCGUUAUUGUAGAUUUUUGCUAUUUGGAUUUGAGGAUGACGAAGUGGAAGUGGGGAUUGGAAAACAUAAGAAGCCAAAAAAAGGGUUGAUUUCCCGGGAAAUAGCGGAGACGUUUAUUACGAUCCCCAAGGAUUUUUGCUGCCCUAUAUUGUUGGAUUUGAUGGCAGACCCGGUGAUAAUUUCGACAGGGCAGACUUAUGAUCGAUCUUCGAUAUCUAGGUGGAUGGAGGAAGGGCAUUGUACUUGUCCAAAGACAGGGCAGAUGCUUGUUCAUACCCGGCUUGUGCCCAAUAGAGCUCUUAGGAAUUUGAUUAUGUUGUGGUGCACUGCUCAUGGAAUCCCCUAUGAUCCACCUGAGAGUGUGGAGUCAUCUUGUGAAACGUUUGCAGCUGCUUCAGCAAGUAAGGCUGCGGUUGAAGCUAAUAAAGCCACUGCAGGGCUUCUCAUUCAACAACUAGCAAAUGGGACACAGAGUGCGAAGACAAUUGCUGCCCGGGAGAUACGAUUGUUAGCAAAAACUGGGAAGGAAAAUCGGGCUUACAUUGCAGAGGCUGGAGCAGUACCCCUUUUGAAAGAACUGCUUUCAUCUCCUAAUACUGUUGCACAGGAAAAUUCUGUGACUGCCAUGCUUAACUUAUCUAUCUAUGAAAAGAAUAAAAGCCGGAUUAUGGAUGAAGUCGGGUGUUUAGGAUCAAUUGUUGGAGUUCUGAGAUUUGGGCACACAACCGAGGCCAGGGAAAAUGCUGCAGCGACAUUGUUCAGCCUGUCUGCAGUUCAUGACUAUAAGAGGAGAAUAGCGGAAGAAAAUGGGGCAAUUGAAGCUUUGGGAGCACUGUUGAGAGAGGGGACACCCAGAGGAAAAAAGGAUGCAGUGACAGCUCUAUUUAAUAUUUCUACACACACAGAUAACUGUAUAAGAUUGAUAGAGUCAGGGGCUGUAACAGCAUUAGUGGGGGCUUUGGGAUGUGAAGGUGUCGCGGAUGAAGCAGCAGGUGCACUGGCCCUUGUUGUUAGGCAGGCAAUUGGGGCUGAAGCAGUUGGGAAUGAGGAAAUGGCAGUGUCUGGGCUAAUUGGAAUGAUGCGGUGUGGGACUCCAAGAGGGAAAGAAAAUGCAGUUGCGGCAUUGUUUGAAUUGUGUCGCAGUGGUGGAGCAGCUGCAACAGAGAGGGUGUUGAAGGCACCAGCUUUGGCUGGUUUGCUUCAAACUCUGGUCUGCACGGGGACAAGGCGGGCAAGGAGAAAAGCAGCAUCACUUGCUCGAUUUUUCGAGAGGAGUGAGAAUGCAUCCUUGCAUUUUGGUGGGUUGGGUGUAGGGUAUACAGUUGCAAGGAACUCAGCUGCAACUAGGGAUUCAAGUUUUGCUGGCGACGUCUACGCAUUUGCAAGGAACUCAGCUGCAACUCGGGAUUCAAGUUUUGCUGGUGAUGUCUCAAGGUCAACAAUGUCCAUUUCAGUUCCAGUAUUGUAGUGGGUCUUUGAAUAUUUCAGUACCCAAGUCAAUGGAGGUCCAUUGCCUCCUAGCUGGUGGAGUUCCUGGGUCCUGCAACAAAAUUUACAACCACCAUCAGUCUCAAAGCAAGUUUAUCAAUUCUAGGUAUCUAAUUUUGUUAAUACCUAGUUGAAGAGAUCAGUGUAGCUGAACUUACUAAAGCUUUACAUUUUAAACUAUUCAGAAUCCAUCUUGCAAAAUUUUUUUUUUUUUAAAUUCUCCUGUAUAUACCAGUAACUUUACCUUUAAUGUUGGAGCUCCAUAUUAUCAGGAAUAGCAAGUGAACUAGCAUAAAUUGACAUUAAACUAACUUUUCUUGAAAGUUUAUAUUAUCAUGGGAAUCUAGAGAACUUUCUAUUAGCUUGUCAUUAAUGUUCUAGUCUGGAAAUUUGUCUCUCGAUAAAUAAGAGUAAGCCUGUUACUGCUU